AUGGGAAAUACUCCCAGUACUCAUAAAAUAUCUGCUCAGGAUAAGGCUAUCUUGGAUAUGAAGAACCAGCGGGACAAGCUCCAUCAGUAUCAACGACGUAUAACUGUACUCACCGACAGCGAAACCGCUAUUGCCAAGAAGAUGUUAGCGAAAGGGGAUAAAAAGCGAGCCCUCUUAGCUCUGCGACGAAAGAAAUAUCAAGAAUCUUUGCUGGCAAAGACGGAUGCGCAACUCGAGCAAUUGGAGAAACUGACUAGUAGUGUGGAGUUUGCGCUGGUACAAAAGGAUGUCGUAUUUGGAUUGCAGCAAGGCACGAAUGUGUUAAAACAAAUACAUAUGGAAAUGGGAGGACUCGACCAUGUGGAGAAGUUGAUGGGGGAGACGGCGGAUGCCAUCGCUUAUCAACAGGCAGUGAGUGAUAUGUUGGGUGGGAUGAUGUCAAAUCAGGAUGAAGAUGAAGUAGAGGAUGAACUUCUUGCUCUGGAAGCAGAAGUUACAGGUGUCCCACUACCUGAAGUUCCUACAGCGGGACUGCCAUUGAAAGAAACAUUACCCGAUGUACCGACGUCAGAACUUUCAAGUCGAGGUAGGGCAAACGCAAGACAGCGCGAGCGCGACGAACAAAAGGUUGCAAUGUUAGCAUAG